CAUCCAUCUUUCCUCCUCCAGGUCUUCAAAUUUCUCUUCUUGAUUCAAGUAGUUAGCCCUGCGUCUGACUGUUCUCUACGGCUCACGACAACCUCACUGAAACAAGUGAUCUCAUGAACCCUUAUCUACAAUCGUUUGAUUCCUCACUCGAUACAGGCGCUGCAGGGCUGACUCCACCACCCAACUCCGGAUCUUCUUCCCCUUCUCUACUGAAUGACCAUCCCAAUGCCCAUCUCACGCAAGCGUCUGAUCGGCGCGUAACGAAUUCUAUCGCUCUGACAUCAGGAGGAUCACCUCCAAUGUAUAGCCAUCGUUCCCCCCAACGGACAACAGCUUCAUUUCAAUCCCGCCAGCCUCACAUAACUGAUCGCAGUCAAUCUGCCUUUGUUCCUCGCUUUAACCCUUCAGCCACUGGGUUGAGUGCAUGUAAAAGUCUGACAAGGCUUUUGACCGUGCAGGAACAGGAAAAUCUCAUUCAACUGGACAGCCUCAAGUAUUUUCUCGCUACUGCCCCAUCGCGAUGGUCCUCGACAGCUUCUGGUUUAGCACAAAAUGAUUCGUUUCCCAUGGAUUCCUCUGGCCACCCAGCCUCUUCACAUCCCUCCAUGAACCGCUUCCUUCUUCCUUCUUCGGAAUACAUUACCUGUGUCUCGUGGAAUAAUCGCUAUCACAUAACGGGCACCGAUAUUGUCCGUGCUCUCGUUUUCCGCUUUGAGGCAUUUGGAAGACCCGUCAGAAACAUGAAAAAAUUCGAGGAAGGUGUUUUCAGCGAUCUGCGAAAUCUUAAGCCUGGUGUCGAUGCUUGCUUGGAGGAACCCAAAUCACCAUUUCUGGAUCUUCUUUUCAAAUAUCAGUGCAUACGUACUCAGAAAAAGCAAAAGGUGUUCUACUGGUACUCGGUUCCUCACGAUCGCCUUUUCUUAGAUGCCCUCGAACGCGAUCUCAAACGCGAGAAGAUGAAAUCGGAACCGACCACCAAGAUCGUCGGUGAACCUGCACUCUCGUUUACGUACGAGCCGCAGCGCAGCCUGUAUGAACAAUUCAGCAAGGGACAGAGCACCGUACAAGCCAAUGGCGACGUCAUCAGCAAUUCUGACGUUACCCAGAUGAAUGGGAAAUAUGACACAAACGGAUCAGCACCAACCGUUUCACGUGCGGGGGCGAUGCACAACUCUAACUCGGGGGAGUUGCAUCUUAGUAACUGUCGUAUUGAUGGCGAAGGUGUCCCUCAUCUUCCCUCAGCACUGCAUGGUUCCUAUAUGGCAUGCCUGCCUCCUUCUAUUUUCGAAGGUUCUCCCACCUACAAGCAACGUCGUAAAAAGCCAGUUAGCAGGCUCGAUGCGGUCACGCGCAGUGACUCAGAAGAAAUGCCCAUUCACGCAUACGAGAUUGGCGUUGGCUAUGGACUCAAUGAUUCCGGCAUGACAGCUUCUGAUAUGUUCACCUCUCAAGCGAGAGGUGAACAAGAGCCUAGUGUGAGACGAGCAAAGGCUGUGCUACAAGCCCACGAUAACACAAUUUGGUCCGCUACACCGCAACUCGCUCCAGGACAGACUUCUGCCACCCUUCCAAACGGAUCAGUCUUCGGACGGUCAUCAAUCAAGCAGCCUUCAUCGCAAUCUCAUCUCCAUCCUUUUGCGGAGGAUUCCUCACCUUCGUUCCCUUCGGAUUUUGACGGCCAUCACGCCACCAGCGGGAUGACGCUCACUUCAAAGGUGUUUGCUUGUCCCCUCUAUUCCUGUGGCCGCUUGUUUAAGCGCAUGGAGCACCUAAAGAGGCACGUGCGGACGCACACCAUGGAACGCCCAUUCGCGUGUAACCUUUGCAGGAAGCGGUUCUCUCGGUCGGACAAUCUUAACCAGCAUCUUCGCAUACACGCACGGGUAGAAAGGGCUGAGUCAGCUUCUGUGGAUCUAAAUGCGUGCGAUAUUGACAUGGAAAACGAGGAAGCAGACGAAUGCGACGUUGCCUUUACUGCCGCUCUCUCUUUUGCAGAGGGUGGCUUACAGGACAUGGAGACGUGUGUUUUGGAACUACAAGGCCAGGUGCAAGAUGUGCAAGGCGACGAAGAGGGUCUAGUUGCGUUGUCUGGCGUCUCCCCUGUCAUGGAUACCGACGCCACCUCAGACGGUGGGCUCAGUAACAGCUAUUUUUUGCAAAAUGGCACCAGGAACCACACUGGGUAUGUUGAGUCAGCGGAGAUGACCUGGGCCAAGCCCUUCAUGAAUUCUCCGUCGUUGACUUCGACGUGCAACGGGGAAUCGACCAUGACGUCUUUUUCAGCUCCGUCUCAUAGACAAGAUUUUGCCCUGGACAAUAUGUCUCUCCAUGUAGCACCCUCAGAGGUCGGACCUCACAGACGUCACAGGAGCGCGACUCCAUCUCUCAUACGCUCGCAUUCUGUGUCCAGCGGCUCUAGCCAACACUACCACCCCUAUGCAUCAUCCUCUCAUUCGUGCCCCAGUUCAAGUCACUCCAGCCCAAGCGCUCUUUCACAUUCUCUUGAUAAUUCAGCGGUUUCAUCACAUGCUAUGUCUCGUGAGGCCUUGAGGGCAUCACAGCCGCGUUCAUUCUCAGCGCCUUCCUUCAGCACUAGCCAAGAGAUGCAUGGAGCGCUCGACAUCGGCGGCCUCAAUUUUGAUGGUAUCUUCUCGAACCACAUGACGCUAUUCUCAGAACCCGGCGCAUUCGAUUUUUCACAGGCAUACCCCACCUACGAAUCAAAUUCGUUAUCAAUCUAAACCAUUCGAGUCGGAAUAGAGUAUACCUCUCGUGUCAUCAUAAUUCAUUUUUGUUCAUCUUGCUAGCUAUAAAUGUAUCCAUAAUCUAUUUAUCACCCACCACCUAGUACAUACUAUACCACCAGUGAUUGUUUUGGGGCCUUGCGAACUUAUCGUGCAGGUCACUUUUGGGUUCUCCCCCACUUACGACACCGAGCUUCACGUACCAUUUUCUUGUAUUACAUAUC